UAAAAAAAAAACAAUUCGGGUCAUGUUCAAUUGGUCCAUCCAUCGCUGGCUCCGCAUCCUCUCACUACUUCUCGCUCCUCUCUUUCUCUCGCUUUUAGAGAGAGAGAGAGAGAUGUGGUGCGGUUGUCCGAUGCAUAAGGUCUGGUACAAGAACGCGAAAUAAACCUCCGUUUUCUUGGCAUUCUAGAAAAUUAGAGGGUAAUUCGAGGUUGAUAUUAUUUGUGCAACCGCAGUUGGGAAAAGAUUGAAUCAUGGGGUUUAUGCAUCGUGCAGACAAUUUGUUACUAACCAAGUGCACACCAGAUUUACAAGAAUCGGUAGGGGUGAAUGUCAAAAGGAUUUGAAGCAUUAUGUCACCCUCUUCUUCCUUCACAGAUUCUGCACCAAAUUUAAGAUUUACAAUUCUUUCAUAAUUGUAGCUUGGCAAUGGAACCAAGAUCCCCUUCAAAAGUUAGACUGCCAAUGCUGGAAAUUUGCCCCGGAGCAUUUAAAAUUGGCCUGUCCCUUUUACUUAGCCUGUUGUUACUCUCAGUUGGUGUAUAUGUUGUUUUAAGACCAGGGAAGGAUCUGUAUACAUCGGAAAUGAUGUAUUUUACUGUGGUAGUGGAUUGUGGUAGCACGGGGACUCGGGUAAGUGUCUAUGAGUGGAUGUUGAAAGGUGGAUUAAUUUAUCGAGACUUGCCUAUCCUGAUCCAUUCUUAUCCUGAUAAUGCAACUAAUGCUCCCUCAAGGAAAGACAGCUGUCAAUAUCACUGCAUGCAAACGGAACCCGGGUUGGAUAAGUUUGUUGGUAAUUCUUCUGGAGUUAGGGUGUUGUUGGAGCCGUUGAUUAUCUGGGCGGAACAAUGGGUACCUCCUGAAAGGCGUGGGGGUACUCCUAUAUUCGUUCUAGCUACCGCUGGACUAAGGAGUUUGCCAUGGAAGGAUGCUAGAAAGGUUUUGGACGAUGUAGAGGAUGUCAUAAAAGAACACAGAUUUAUGUAUAAAAAGAGUUGGAUUAGGAUUUUGAGCGGGAAAGAAGAAGCUUACUAUGGUUGGGUCGCUCUGAACUAUAAAAUGGGGAUCUUUAACAAGUCUACAAGGUUGCCCACUUUGGGACUUCUUGAUUUAGGAGGUUCGUCUUUACAAGUGGUGGCGGAAAUAGAUGAAUCGGAUGAAGAUGAAUUUGUUAUGAAAUCAAAGAUUGGGUCUUUUGAACAUGAAAUGUUAGCUUACUCCUUGCCUGCAUUUGGUUUGAAUGAGGCAUUUGACAGGACAGUCGUUAUGCUGAGUCAUUCACAGGCACUAAAAGAAAGUGUCCAGGGUACCUUUGAAGUCAGUCAUCCUUGUCUGAGUUCUAGUUUUAUGCAAAGUUAUUCUUGUAAAGGUUGCUUUGGGCUAGGUUCUAAUGAUUCCGAAGGUUUUCAUAGUCAAGUUCAGAGAAACGAAUUAAAUACGAUAACAUUAGUUGGAGAACCAAACUGGGAGAUGUGCCAAGUUCUGGCAAGGGCUGCAGCUGUCAAUUCAAGCAGUUCAGACUGGUCUUCGCUAACAGAUAGUUCAAAAUGCGAAGCAGGCUGGGCUUCUUUAAGUGACAGUAAGACGGUUAAUUUGAAAGCUAUCACCCACCGUGUUUCACGCUUUCAUGCCUUGUCUGGAUUUUUCGCUGUUUACACCAAGUUAAAUUUGAGCCCGAGGGCAAAUUUGACAAAGAUUUGGGAAAAGGGCCAGCAGUUAUGUUCAAGUCAGAUCAGUAUUUCUGGAAACCAAAAUUAUGCUGCACAAUAUUGUUUCCGGGUGCCCUAUUUGGCAUCGCUCAUUGAGAAUGCUCUUUGUCUAAGCAAUAAGGAGAUAAUGUUUGGUCCGGGAGAUGUUUCUUGGACGUUAGGAGCUGCACUGGUAGAAGGAAAGUUCUUGUGGCUUAAUUCUAAAGAUCACAGCAACAUUAUACACGAAAACAAUAGAGGGGUUAUAUUUUCUUCCAUUUUCCUAUUGAUUGUUCUUUUAUCCUUAUUGUUCAUAGUUUAUCGUUGUCAACUCAAGUUCCCGAUGCCAAGCAAGAGGGUUGCUGCUAUUGGGCUAUCUCUGCCAUCUUAUGUUCGUCCCAAACAACGCCCCUAACUAUUUUUCGCAAGUAUUGUACAUUUUUUCAUCAACGAAUUCUGUCACGUGUUGAUUGCU